CUGCCAAAUAGCUCAUCUGCGCUCUUGGCUCCUCAAAAUGAUUCCCCCAACAUCAAUGCCCCUUCCUCAUCGUCAUCAGUAAAUGGCGCUGCUGUAGUGGAGGGAUUUACUGAUGAGCAACUUGGCCAUUUGCAUAUGAUGAUAUAUGAACAUGUUCAGCUCAUGAUCCAAACCUUCUCUCUAUCUGUUCUUGACCCAUCUAAACAGCGUGUGGCUGUUGAUAUUAAAAAAAUGAUAGUUGAGUUGGUUGGCCACCGUGAUCAAGCAUUGGCUAGGAAAAAAACUAUCCAUCGACAAUUCUGUUUCGAAAGGCAGCAUCUCAAGUCAGCAAUUGAUGCUUCUUGUGAGAGCUCACAAUGCCAAUGGAAUCCAGUAAUUAGGAAUCCUGUUAUGUCCAUCCUUGAUGUCUCACCACUUCAUUUGGCCCUCAGUUAUUUAAGUGAUGUUGCAGCCUCUGUUGUGAAGCACAGAAAAAGCCUUGUGGAUGGCACCGCAGACAAGACCCACUCUAGGAAAGAACCUCUUUUUGCUUCACUGGUACUUAGCACCGGCAAAGAUGCUAACAAUGUUUCUCAGGACAAAUCAAAUAAUGUAUCCACAGCAUCACCAGCUUUACCUGGGCAGUUACAUCCCAAGAAAACAUUAGCUGCUACCCUUGUUGAGAGUAGUAAAAAGGAGACGAUUGCUCUUGUUCCAUUUGACAUUGCAAGAUUGGCACAGAGAUUUUAUCCGCUUUUCAAUUUUUUCCUAUUUCCUCGUAAGCCACCUCCUGCAGCUAUGGUCCAGAGAGUGAACUUCACUGAUGCAGAGGACGGAUUAUUAGCUCUAGGGAUUCUGGAACUUAAUAGUGACUGGGAUGCGAUACAAAAGCGUUUUCUUCCUUGCAAAUCAACGCGUCAGAUAUAUGUGAGACAAAAGAACCGCACCGCAACCAAUGCUCCUGAUAAUCCAGUUAAGGAAGUGCGCCGAAUGAAGAAUUCUCCAUUGAGUACUGAGGAAAUACAGCGUGUCGAAGAGGGGCUCAAGAUAUUCAAAAAUGAUUGGACAUCUGUUUGGAAGUUUAAUCUGCCAUAUAGAGAUCCUGCACAGCUCCAACGUCAGUGGAGAGUUGCUACUGGAGUCCAGCGAUCUUACAGUAAAAGUGACUCGUUAAAAGAAAAGAGGAGAGCAUAUGAAGCGAAGAGGAGAAAAAGAAAAGCUUCAAUGCCUGAUUCACGAGUAGAUCGUGAGCAGGAGGCUGAUAAUGAUGCUUCUGAGGGUGUUGAAAGUGAUGACGAUCUGUAUGCAAAUGAAGCACUUUUAGCAGACACAGAGAAUAGGAGCGUCAACAUGAUGCAGACGGGCACACGCCCCGAUGACGAAUGUGGUGCAGCACAUGGCUGCUUUGACCAGCAUAGCAGAAAUAGUUUGAGAUGUGGUUUGAGUGCCUCAUAUAUACCUUUUAGCUCUUGUGCUUCUGAUGGCCCUUCAACUAAGAGGGUAUUUGAUGGCACUUUGGACGAACUCCAAGCUUCACAAAUUGGUAAAGAGAAAGGUAGUCAUGUGGUCAAGUUGGCCCCAGAUUUGCCUGCGGUAAACCUUCCUCCUUCUGUCCGUAUAAUACCUCAGAAGGAAUUUGAUCAGAAUGCAGCACACUUUAAUGGCACCUCAGAUAAUGCAGAAAAGGAUCUGUUUCCUGUGUCGCCUCCAACCUUUACAGAAUGUGUUUAUACACAGCUAAACCUUUUCCCCGAUCAUAGUACUAGUGAUAGAUUAGAACAACAUGGGACUUUAAAUGGAAGUGUGAUAGAAGAUGGUUAUGAGCAAGAUUUUCUGAUGCAUCCUUUGAAUGAAAAUCUUAGUCAUUCAAGAAACUAUGACCUUUUCCCUUUUGAGAACGUUCCAGUUGAGAAAAGUAAUAAGCAGAAAGCUCCUGCAAAUGCUAAUACUGUCGACUUCCAUCCUCUACUGCAAAGAACAGAAGCUGAGAUGCAUGGGGAAGUACCAGAAGAGGUCUGCCAUCAGUUUGCUAAUCAAUCUGACUGUCACGUGAAAUCCAUUAGUAAAUUAAGCACUCCGCUACACGGGUCUAUCAAGGGCAGAGCUAGUAUUUCAAAUCUAGACCCUGGAAAUGCUUGUUCUCAUCGUGGCAUUGAAGAGCCCAGUGAAGAAGCAAUGCAAGGCGUUGUAAUGGAACAAGAAGAAUUAAGUGAUUCCGAGGAAGAUAGCCAGCAUGUGGUUUUUGAAUGUGAGGAAAUUGAUGAUUCUGAAGAGGAGCAAGUUAAGGAUGCAGAACCCUGUUUGACUGGAAAUAAGGGAACUUCAGCAUCAGUUGUUUGUUUGGACUUCCAAGAAAGUAAUGAUCAAGGGUUAGAACAGGUGGCUAAACAGGGUGCAAGUUUAACACAAAAAUCACAUGGGUCUUCUAUUGCAAGGUCAGGCAGAGCAAAGUUGAAGCCGGAGAAGGCAAUGCGCAUGGGAACUAGAAGAAGCGAACGGUUAGCGUCGAACAAGCGAACCUAGCCAGGUCAAAACCACAAGAACUAGAGGGCAGCAGCAAGAGGCACGUGUUGAACUCAAGUCCAGUUAUUCAACAAUAUCUAGAAAGACCCCUGCCCCGAGUUAAAGGUGUUUCCUUCCAUUUCUUUGUAACCGGGUAUCACCUUGAUUCAUGCGGCAGAUGAUAAUGGCCGGAUGGCUAACUGUAAUUUGUAGUUACCUGCACUGCUGAGCUGAUUGCUUCCAAUUGAUGCAGCGCGUGCUAGAGACAGACCACAUGUCAACCAUACAUCAGCACAAAUCCCUCGUCAGAUGAUCGCUUGAACAGGGAAAGAAGAACCAGAGGCUUAGACUUGUCCAUGUCGAGCUGAGUAGAAAAACUGAAAUGUUGAGGAUGGACUACUGUAUUUUGGGAUGUGUCGCUAACAAGAUCAACUAGCUGUCUGGUGCAUUCCUUUCCCUGUAGGAAUGACCUAAGCAGCCUGGUUUGGCAUGCCUCAGGAUGGUGAGAGGUCCGUUUUAGAUUGAAAUGUGCACAUGUAAUUUGUAACAUGAGCUAAUGUUGGUGUAUCAUGGAAAUCGAUCAAUGAUGGCGGCUUUUCAU